UUAAUUCCGUGUUUGUGUUGAACGCAGAAUUGGUGUCGGCCAGUGUCGGCACCGCGGACGACUCCAACUGACUUCAACGGUUCGAGGCGAUUUGGAACUUGGAACAAGUGUAGCGAGAAUACAACGAGAAUCGUUGGAUCUCGUUCGUUAUAUUUUAGUAUUAAAGAAAAUUCCGUGCACUUGCUCGUCAAAUGCAUUAAUUACAGCGACGAGACCUCAAGCCGAGGAGCAAUUUACGGAAUUUUAGAUAGUCUUUUCUAUUUCACAAUUUACGAGAUUCCGAAACUAGGCGAAUUGAGAAUUCCGCGAGAACUCGAGGCUACGGAUACGCGGGAAUCGUUAACACAACAUUGCGUUUUCUGGUGAGAAAUCGCAACUAGCCCAUCCUCGAGCCAUACGAUGGCCGAAUCCAGUGACUUGGAUCGGCAAAUCGAGCAGCUGAAGAAAUGUGAGAUUAUCAAGGAGGCUGAAGUCAAAGCCCUAUGCGCCAAAGCACGAGAGAUCCUCAUCGAGGAGAGCAACGUACAGCGUGUCGAUUCACCUGUAACAGUUUGUGGAGAUAUUCAUGGACAGUUUUAUGAUUUAAAAGAAUUAUUUAAAGUAGGCGGAGAUGUGCCAGAAACAAAUUAUCUUUUUAUGGGAGAUUUUGUGGACCGAGGUUUUUAUAGUGUUGAAACAUUUCUUCUCCUUCUUGCACUAAAGGUUCGUUAUCCUGAUAGAAUCACAUUGAUAAGAGGAAAUCAUGAAUCACGACAGAUAACACAGGUUUAUGGUUUUUAUGACGAGUGUUUACGCAAGUAUGGUAGCAUAACAGUGUGGCGGUACUGUACAGAGAUAUUCGACUAUCUAUCAUUAUCCGCUAUCAUCGAUGGCAAAAUCUUUUGCGUUCACGGUGGACUGUCGCCUAGUAUUCAGACGCUGGAUCAAAUUCGGACUAUAGAUAGAAAACAAGAAGUUCCUCAUGAUGGGCCGAUGUGUGAUUUGUUAUGGUCGGAUCCCGAGGAUACUCAAGGCUGGGGUGUGUCACCGCGCGGCGCCGGUUAUCUUUUCGGCAGCGAUGUGGUAGCGCAGUUCAACUCGGCCAACGACAUUGAUAUGAUAUGCAGAGCACAUCAGUUAGUGAUGGAAGGCUACAAAUGGCACUUUAAUGAGACUGUACUGACUGUCUGGUCUGCACCAAAUUACUGUUACAGAUGUGGUAAUGUAGCCGCGAUAUUGGAGCUAAACGAGCAUUUGCAGAGAGAUUUCACGAUAUUUGAGGCGGCGCCCCAAGAAAGUCGCGGAAUACCCAGCAAAAAGCCACAAGCAGAUUACUUUUUAUAAAUGAGUUGUUGUAGAAUACAAAAAAGAACAGUGGAAUCGUGCAUCGAACAACUUGAUAUUUGCUUCUUCUUUUCUCUCUUUUUCUCGGAACAGUUUGCAUCAAUUAUGGAGAAGAACACUAGGCCGGCUUGCUAUAAUUUUUUACAGUGAUACAAUUUUUGUGAUUAUGUUGAAUGAUAAUCACAUAAGUGUUUGAAUAGAACUACGAUGAUAUAUAUAAGGAAUUGAUGUGUAAAAUAUAAUAAAGUUCAUCUCUCUCU